AUGCCUCUUAGCCCAUUGAAGAUCAAGACCAACGUUGUUAAGCGCAUCUAUAAAGAACAUAUCGGUUAUGGCAAAGAAGCCGAGACCCAACAAAAGCGUAUUGACAAGUUGAUUGCUUCAGGUGCUGAUGAAUACGAUGUUAGAAAACAGAAGGAGGUCCUUGAUGAAACUCUCAUGAUGAUUCCUGAUGUCAAAAAGAGACUUGCCAGUGCUUAUCAAGAAUUACAAAACCAGUUGGAAAAUGGCGAAAAUGGUGAUAUCGAUGAGGUUCAAGAAGCUCAAAUUGUUAUUUCAGAAAUUGCUGUUCUUAACUAA